ACUACCAGCAGCCCCCCUGCCGAACUCAAAACUCACCCCCACCCUCACCACAACCCCAAAGGAAUGACCGAGGUUCUAAACCGAGACUACCAGCUGUGCGAAGAGAUCGGCCGGGGACGAUUUGGCGUCGUUUUCCGCUGCCUCUCGCCUGAAACCGGCAUCUCUUACGCCGUCAAGUCCGUCGACAAGCGGCUCACCCUGGGCGACUCGCUUGACGCCCAGUGCCUUCUCAUCGAGCCCAAGAUCCUUCACCUCCUACCCCCACACCCUCACGUCAUUAACCUCCACGGCCUCUACGAGGACGAGAUGCACCUUCAUAUGGUCCUCGAUCUAUGCUCUUCUGACGACCUCCACCAGCGGAUCGUGACUCGCCGUGCCAUGCCCGAACCCGAGGCCGCCACCGUCAUGUCCCAGCUCCUACAGGCCGUGGCCCACUGCCACCGACUUGGCGUGGCCCACCGCGACAUCAAGCCUGAUAACAUCCUCUUCGACGAGUGGAACCGCCUCAAACUCGCCGAUUUCGGAUCGGCAGAGAUAUUCAAGGACGGCGAGCUCAUGAGCGGAGUCGUCGGCACGCCGUACUACGUGGCGCCAGAGGUCUUGGCCGGGAGGGGCUAUUGCGAGAAGGUAGACGUGUGGAGCGCCGGUGUCGUUUUGUAUAUAAUGCUCGCGGGGUUCCCGCCGUUUUAUGGUGAUUCCGCGGUGGAGAUCUUCGAGGCGGUGCUGAGGGCCAAUCUCAGAUUCCCGGCUAGAUUUUUCCAGUCGGUGUCCCCGGCGGCAAAAGAUUUGCUCCGAAGGAUGCUCUGCAAGGACGUGUCUAGAAGAUUCUCGGCGGAGCAAGUUCUGAGACACCCAUGGAUAACCGGCGGCGGUGGAGGAGGGACCAGAGCAGUGAGCGGUAACUGAACUAGCUUGGAGAAAGAAGAAAUCAUGAGAAGCAGCGACUGUACAUUAGUUGUGGUUGACGACCCUUGUAGAUAUUUUUCUGGAAGCGAGUUGUUUUUUAAGAAAAGUUUAAUUCGCUUGAGCCGCCCGUGUAAAGCUUCAGGAAGAUAUAGCCGUAUAGAGAGUGAGAGUAAAGUGUCAAGAGUGAGGGCAAGGGAGAGACUGUUUGUUGUGUUUUUUUUUUAUAUUCUCUGGAUGGUGAAGGUGGAAAUGGCAGAGUUAUGACCGUCGGAUAUGUUACAUGUUAUGAUAUAAUAUGCAAUGAAAAGUUUCGGAGUUCCACUAA